AGAGAGUAAAGAGAGAUAAGAAGAGAAACUUGGAAAGAGAUGAUUCUAGCGUCGUAUUCGACUUUUCCACUUCUUCUCUGUACUACUAAACACACGCAGUCUCUUUUGAAUCUGUGAAGAAGAAGGAGAAGAAUCAAUAUCCUGAUUAUGGCAAGUUCGGGGGCAGAGAAGCUGAAGCUCUACUCUUACUGCAAAAGCUCAUGCUCACAUCGUGUCCGUAUCGCCCUCUCUUUAAAAGGGAUUGAAUAUGAGUAUAUAGGAGUCAAUCCGCUCAUGAGAGAUGAACUCGUGAAGAUCAAUCCAAUGGGUGCUGUACCAGCUCUGGUUGAUGGAGAUGUUGUCAUUUCUGAUUCUCUAGCCAUCAUAAUGUAUCUUGAUGAGAAGUAUCCUCAGCCACCUCUCUUACCUCGUGACCUCCACAAACGUUCUGUAAAUUACCAGGCAGCGAGUAUUGUCUUGUCUGGCAUACAGCCUUAUCAAAAUACGCCUGUUGCUAGGUAUAUUGAGGAGAAGUCAAAUGCUGAGGUGAAAACUGCUUGGGUCAAUAACGCUCUCACCAAAGGAUUCACAGCUCUCGAGAAGCUGUUGGUUGGCUGCACUGGAAGAUAUGCCACUGGUGAUGAAGUUUACUUGGCUGAUCUCUUUCUAGCUCCACAGAUCCACGCAGCUAUCAACAGAUUCCAGAUCAACAUGGAACCGUACCCAACACUUGCAAAGUGUUACGAGUCAUACAACCAUCUCCCUGCGUUUCAAAACGCUGUCCCAGAGAAGCAGCCAGAUACUCCUGCUUCUCCACCAUCUGAUCCUGUGCCUCCGUAAUGUAAUCUACUCUCAGCCUCAAUAAUACCACACAGACAAGUAGACUUACAACAGCAAUAAUAAUAAUACCUUGUACUCAUGUAGUAUCUUCAUAUGAACUAGUUUUACUUCUUAGUUACUAUACUUGUGUUAUACAAUAAAGGUCACAGAAUUUGGAACUCGCAAAGAUAGAUACGUUACAGCCAGAUUGC